UCAGGCGAAGAAGACAGCUGUGUGUUUAAACUCUGAGCUCCGACACUGUGAUGUAAGACAUGAUUUCGCGUUUAAAGCUUCUUUCUGAAACACCGACAUGAGCGACGCGAUGGAGAGCCGAGAGCAGCGAAGUCUUCUGUCUUCAGCCGCGAUGAAGAGAGCUGAAAUCAGUGACCAGCCACAAGCGGUGGAGAAGAGAGGGCCGUAUAUCAUGUCCAAAGCUCCUGAUUUCCACACCAAGCUCCAGAAGCACAGAGACACGGCCAGACGAGCUCUGCAGAAGAGAGGACUGGGCUCAGGGAGGCUUGUGCUUCAUCAGCCACGACACAAACCAAAGACUGUGAGGUUCAAUCAGGGAUACGCGGCUCUGAGUCAGACGGGAGAGGAUUCGCUCGUCUCGCUGGACUCAGACAGUGAUGCAGAGCUGGAUUGUUCAUCUGGAUAUUCCUCAGCAGAGGUGCAUCCAGAUCUGAGCAGGCAGCUGUUGAAGGAUGGAUAUCACCUGGAUGAGACACCUGAUGAUGAAGAUCUGGACCUGAUUCCCCCGAAAGCCCUGAGCUCCUCCGUCUGCUGCUGCUGCUGUGUGCAGUGAGAAACGGUCUUCCAUAGUGAUGCCAAAGAUCUCAUUCUCAUUGCUGUAAUGGAUGAAAACAAUCAUAUUUGGUCAGUUAUGUAUUCAUCAUGGAAGUAUUUGUUGUGCUGCCUUUGAACUGACUGAAAAAACUAUUUACAAAAGCAUAGUACUUUAUUUGCUUUAGUCACUGAAAUAUGAUGUGGAAGUGAUUCGUGUAUGUAUGAAAUCAGUGGCCAUCGCUAUCUUCAUUCUCUGAGUUUUAUAAUCAUCAUUUCACUCGAGACAGCAGCUGAUGAUUUAAAAACUCUCAGAAAAGGAAGUGAAGAUGAAAGUGGGAUCUGAAACACACAGAAUACCCAUAAUGCUCCAGCUCAGCGUUACUGAUAGUGAAAAACCUGACACUAAUUUACAUACCUGUGUGUGUGUGUGUGUGAGAGAGAGAGAGAGAGAGAGAGAGAGUGUGUGUGUCUCU